CAGCUCGGCCAUCCAGUUCUGCGCACAGCCGGUUCCGCAGCAGCAGGUAGUUUCGCUGACCGCCGCCGACCCCGACAACGCCGUCGUCGCCGCCGCCGCCGCCGCCGCCGCCCACAUCCCCGACAUACGGUGCGCCGCCCCACUGCCCUAGGGUUCGCCUAAGGCGAGAACAUCACGCAGGCCGCUAUCGGGCGACAGCUUCGCAUUUGGGAGAUUCCACGCAACGCCUACGUGCGCAGAAGCACGUAAUCUUCCGUCACCGGUGACACUCCACACCCUUCCGUCUCCUAGGACAGCAACAAGUGUCGUUUCCGCCCAACAGUACCAACACAAGUAUACGCAGGAUGGAUGACACAAGGAUGGGAGUCAGUACACAGACAUUGGUGUCUGUGGGAGGGAGCACUUCUUCUGCACCUGCCAAAAAAUUACCACAGUAUAUAGCUGCCAUAUUUGUGACUCUUGGAGCAAUGGCAGCAGGUACUACCCUUGCCUGGACCAGCCCAGCCAAUGCAGAACUUGACUGUGCUACGAAUAGUGGACAUUGUUACACUGCUAAUGAACUUUCAUGGAUUGGUGCUUGUAUGCCACUUGGAGCUUUUGCAAUGGUCUUACCAAUUGGUUACCUCCUCGAUCUGGUGGGAAGAAAACUUACUAUGCUUUGUCUUGUUCCUCCAUUUGUUGCUGGAUGGGCAUGCAUUGUGUGGGGAGAUACAGUUGUUUGGCUGUGUGUAGGACGCUUGCUGACAGGAGGAAUGGGAGGUGCAUUCAGUUUAACAGCACCUGUCUACACAAGUGAGAUUGCGCAAAAGGAAAUUCGGGGAACACUAGGAGGCUAUUACCAACUUAUGCUUACUGUGGGAAUACUGUUUGUGUAUUUGUUGGGACUAGGUGUGGAGCUGUUUUGGAUAUCCAUUGCAUGUGGUGUCAUGCCCAUCCUAUUUGCAGCAGCUUUUAUCUUCAUGCCUGAGACUCCAUUGUAUCGCCUGAAGCAAGGACGUGGUGAUGAGGCACGUAAAGCGCUGCAGUGGUUCAGAGGCCCACACUAUGAUGUCGAACCUGAGCUGGCUGAAAUGAGAGAAUCUGUAGAGAGUUCAGCGAAGGAAAAGGUCUCUUUGUGGAAGGCCUUCAAUACACCAGCUGCACGAAAAGGAGUUCUUGUUGCUUUUGGCCUCAUGAUUUUCCAACAACUCAGUGGAGUAAAUGCUGUGAUAUUUUACACCUCCGACAUUUUUAAGAGCGCUGGGAGUGAUAUCGAACCUGCAGUAUCAACAGUCAUUGUGGGAGUUAUGCAAGUAGCAGCAACAUUUGUCUCUUCUCUAGUCGUGGACAAGCUAGGGAGGCGAAUUCUGUUGCUUGUCUCAGACAGUGUUAUGGCGUUGUGCUCAUUAUUGCUCGGUAUAUUUUUCCUCUUGCAAGAUCAGGGGCAAGCUGACCAGAUAGGAUGGCUCCCACUCGUUUCCAUGUGUCUUUUCAUUGUUGUAUUUUCACUUGGGUUUGGUCCCAUCCCAUGGAUGAUGAUGAGUGAGCUUUUUGCCCCAACUAUUAAGGGUGUUGCAAGUUCAGUUGCAUGUCUGCUGAACUGGUUUCUUGCAUUUAUUGUCACAAAAUUCUUUUCUGAUAUGAAAGAUGCAUUUGGUUCUGAUGUCACCUUCUUUAUCUUUGCUGCCAUUUCUACCCUUGGUACGGUCUUUGUUUUCUUCAUAGUACCAGAAACCAAGGGAAAGUCUUUGGAAGAAGUGCAGAGAGUACUGGGCGGAGAAGCUACUGAAGACAAAAGACAACAAGUUGAAGAGACAACUGCAGUAGAAAAAUUUUAAAUUUUUUAUUACAAACAAUUAUUUACCACAGAGCUCACCUUUUUGUACUAUAGUAAUAGUGUAUGGUGAAUUAACAACACAUGACUACUAGAAAGAAAGUAUCUCAGCUUAGCAGCAGUGAAACACAGCUGCAGCAGAACAAGACUGCAUGUGUGCGUGUGUAUGUGUGCACGCGUCCACCCGCGUGUGAUAAAGAAGAGAGAAAAGGAUAAGAAUUCUUAUUCAGAAGCAUUAUAUAGCUAAUAGUGCUGAAAGCGUGACACAUGAACUCAAAUAAUUAUUGUGUCAAGUCUUACACUACAAUUUCUUUUAUUUUGAAUUUUUAGCUCAAAGACUGCUGAAUUCCACUUGUGAUAAAGAGUGCUUAUUCAUUGUCUGUUUAAUCAUCCUAAGUAAUUACUUUUGUAAGAAGUGCUGUUGCAGGCAGCCUUUUAUACACUGUUUGUAGACUCUGUUUGAGAGUUAAAAAUAAUGUGGGAAGAUUUUAAAAUAAUGACUCUGACCAUCAGGAUAUUUAUAACUCUAUACAGAAAAGCUGUUCGCUAGGGCAAGGAAUGUUACUUUCAUGAAACUACAUUUUUUUGCUUUAUAAAUUUUCGCUGGAAAAGCAAAGAAUUUGACCAAUUUGGUAGCAAUUAAGGAAGAAGACAACCUUAUGUACCAGACGAAAUCUAGAGCUGCACUUACUACUUACUUUUCAAUUACAGAAAAAUAUAUUUAUAUAUAAUUUAUUUACUGUUUCAGAGCUGUCAUUUUUAAAAUGUUGCACUUCUUUAAAGCUACAUGUAAAAUUCUAAGAAUUAGGUAGAAAUCAAUGUAUAUAUUUAUUAGUGCCAUUAUUUUGUGAUAAACAACAAUUUUUGUGAAGCUCUUUGUUGAAAGUAACUGUGAUGAUGUAACGUUUAUUGAUUAAUAUUAAUUUUGGCAGCAAGAACUUAAGCUUCAUGGCCUUCAUCCCAAUUAUUAUUUGUGAAAACACAAGAACCUGAAAAAUAACACUUUAUCUGUGUGGUGGUAUUAAAUUCUCCUCAAACUGCUCACUAUAGUGUGUUCAGUUUCUGGUAUGGUGACUGAGCUUAUGAUAUUUUGCAGUAUUAACAAAUCUGAAAAUGCACAAUACAGUUUUAAAAAGAUUUUAAGUAUGCAGUUACUUGUUACUGCAGAAAAUGUGAUUUUUUCCUAUUUAUCAAAAAGAGUGAUAAACAUUUUAUCUUGUUUUAUACCAAAUGCAACUUUGUACAUAUUAUCAGUAAAUGUAUCUUUUAUUUAUAUUUGAAUUGUAUGUGUAAAUCUAUAUGUAUUAAUAAA